AUGAAAAAGUUAAUGUUACAAUUAUUACUAGCAAUUUUAGCUAUUGUUGCUUUAUAUACAGUUCAAGUUGAUUCCACUGACAUUGAUAAAUCACGUGUUAUAGUACUACCAACUCCAAAACCUCCAAUUGUCAUUGAUCGAUGCAUUUACUGUUUUCUGCAUCCAACAGCAACUGGAUGCAAUCCAUGCAAAUAUGGUUCACCAAUCCUAAAUGUUCCCUGUGGACAAGGAAGUAGAAGAUGUGAAGCAUUAGGUGGUACAUGUAAAUAUAAUCAAUGCGAUAGAGCUUAUUGUUGUCCAUAUGAACAUCGAGGUUGUUGUCCACCAUUAUACAUCCAUGUCGAACAAAUAAUAGAGAAUGAGAAAGACUUUCGUUUUUCAAAAGGUGAACAAGGUGUUUUAACACGAAUAUGUGCUUGUCGUUAUGAUCGAUAA